AUGAUGAACGAUUCUCUAAAUAAAUUGGAAAUGGAGUAAACAGCCUAGUUUUUUAAUCCAAGCAAAAAAAUACUGAAAUAGAGAACUAUUAAAAAAUUGCAACCAAUUGUGGAUGAAUAAAUAGUGAAUGAAUUUUCCAUUCCUACAUUUAGUAGGAAGUUAAGUUAGCAAGAGAUAUUCGACUUCGAUUAAAUAGUUUAGCAACAGCUUCUAAAAUAUAACAGUCAACCAAAUAUUUUGUAAAUAAAUCAAAAUUUUAACAAUCUCUAUCUCUUAAAGUCUUCAUAAAAAUCAAAUAACAUUCAAACACCUUUAAAAUCUCUUAUAGGAGUUUAAUAAAGAUUAAUAUUUCCAAAAAAUUAAUCAAACCAAAUCAUAAUUAACGAAUAAAGUAAAUAAUCAACUCCUGAAAAAUGUAGAAGAAAUAUAAGAGUUUUACUUAAUCCUUUUAAUUUGGAGAGGAAAUUGUCAGAUAUAUAAUAGAAUAAAAGCUCGUCUCAAAGUUUAAGACCCUCAUAAUCAUAAGGAAGAACUUUCCUAUAAAGAAAAGCAUAAAUUGGUGUCUUAAAUAGAAUAUUCUCUUCUAGAUCAUAGGAUAAGAUUUGA